UGUGUCUCCAUUUGCCAAUAAUGGAGUACUGUAUUUCAAUUCCUUCUUCUAAUUUUGGAGAUGGGCUUUUCCAGGUCUAUACUACUAUUACUAGUGUUGGCCUUCUUCAUUUGCUGCUUCAGCUUCUCAUCUGCUGAUGCUGCCAGUCAUGAUCUUAACCAUGGUGGAAACAUCACCAUAAACUGGGAUGUCAUCUCCUGGACACCUGAUGGCUACGUUGCCGUUGUGACCAUAUAUAACUAUCAGAGGUUGAGGAAGAUCCGAGAACCAGGUUGGACAUUGGGAUGGAGAUGGGCAAAGUACGAGGUGAUAUGGAGCAUGAUGGGAGCUCAAACAACAGAGCAAGGAGAUUGUUCCAGAUUCAAAGGAAACAUCCCACAUUCCUGUCGGAGGGCUCCGGAAGUUGUGGACUUGCUGCCCGGUACUCCCUACAACCAACAGGUAGCAAAUUGCUGCAAAGGAGGGGUGCUUAGCUCGUGGGGAUCUAGAGCCGCCGUGAGUGAAUUCCAACUCUCUGUUGGGGAAGCCGGAACCACCAAUAAAACAAUGAGGCUGCCCAAGAAUUUCACCUUUGAAGCGCCGGGGAGUGGCGGAGGAUAUGCUUGUGGAGCCGCCAAAAUCGUGAGGCCUACAAGAUUCGUGACCCCAGAUGGGAGAAGAGUCACACAGGCUAUGAUGACAUGGAAGCUGAGUUGCUUGUACUCGAACAAAUCUCCAAAAGUGGCAUAAUAUGCCCCUCGUCAUCCUCUUUCAAAACAAAAUGCUCCAGAAGAAGCCUCGUAGCUAGAGGGCUAUAUAUAUAUAUAUGUUCCUCAUAGUUUUGUGCACUUCAGUUCAGUUCUGUUAUGUUCCAUUGAUAAUUAUGAAUUUGCUUAAUCGCUUGUGGCCUGUUGGCGUGAAAUAAACCCACUACUGCAACGGUUGUGGAUUUGUAAUAAAGUAUUGACUAUUAAAAAAAUGGCUGGGUUGAAUAUGUUAUUCUACUUUUAGCGAAUGCGUCAUUAGAUAUUUCAACGGAAUUUUUAAAA